AUGAAGAGUUAAAUCUAUUUUGGAUAAGCAUUCUCUCUGGUAAUCUAUUUUAAGUUGUUGUUUCAUAAUAUUGUGCUUACCUUCCCAUUUCCACCUUUCUAUCAUACAGAAAAAGCAACCCACGAACCAGAAGGACCAGCCAGCCAGCCAACACACCCUGCCAACCAUUCAACCCCCACCUCAGCCAUAUUUCCAUCUUUAUCAAAAUGGUGUGAGCGAUGACUGUUUUUUUGUGAAUAUUUGUUUUUAUUCAGCUAGAAAGUGAACUCCAACUGAAAGUUUUCCUGGCAAGAGAAGAGUAAAUCAUUGAAAUCGCAGUAAAGUUAGGCCUUGAGUCAUCCUUCAAAAAUACCAGCGAUGAUCUUUGGAUUUAAGUAAUAAUCUUUGAUUCAAAAUCACUACAUAUUAUAAUACAAAUUUAUGCAAUUUUAUUAACACUUGCAAUAGAAUUCCUCAUUAUACACUCACAUUGUUUCUUCAUUAUAAUGUGAUAUUAGAUAAUUUUCAUGCUCAAUACUAUGUAUACAAUCUCAUUUUUUUCUUCUUGUUUUCUUUUUUUAUUUUAGAUUUUCUAAUGCUUAUCAUGUCAAAUAUAUUUUAUUUUGAUUUCUAGGUGCGAGGGUUCAUGGACAUGAUAGUGGAGAGAUGGCAGGAGAACUUCUACCCUGGUCGAGAAGUCAGCGUAGAUGAGACCAUCAUCGCUUUCAAGGGAAGGACGAGUAUGACACGGUUCAACCCAAACAAACCGCACAAGUGGGGGAUGAUUGCAUGGAGCCUAUGUGAUUCCAGGACCAGAUACGUCCAGCAAUGGAACAUCGCCACUGGGCAGUAGGGCCAAGAGGAUGAACGCGGAGCAAUGCACCAGAUUGUGAUGGAUGUGGCUUCAAACUACUUGAACUGCGGACACCACAUCUAUAUGGACAAUCUCUUCUCGUCACCAAGCCUCUACGAAGAACUAGUUGCCAACCAGACUGGUGCCUGUGGUACCCUGAGAGCGAACCGGAGAGGGGUCCCUGAUGCUAUCAAGGUCCACAAGCCGAAAAAGGGUGAUGAGCCACUCGUCCUGAAGGAGGGGGAGCUUGCCUUCAUCUCAUGGGCUGACAAGCGGCCGGUGAAACUCAUCACUUUAAUCCACAAUGGGUCAACUUUCGUGAAGGAGGUCCGUGCAAGGAAUGGACCAGACCAUCGAAGAAGGUACACCAAGCCCAAGGCCAUAAAACAUUACUCCAAGAACAUGGGAGGAGUGGAUCUCGCCGACUAACUCCUAUGGCAUUCCCUUAACAUCCAUUGCUCAUGCUAGUGGUGGAAAAAAAAUUUCUUCACACUCCUCGAGGUCUCAUUCUGUAAUGCGGUAAUCAUCCUGAGGGCCCUCAACGCAGGCAGGCCAGUUCAUCUCAAGAGAAGGAUUGAAGUUAACAAGGUGUGCCUAUCUAUCAUCACUGGCCUUCUUCGAGGCUACGAAAGACCCCAUGCCAUCCUAAUUCGCCCGAGGAUGGUGGAUGGCCAGCCCCUGCUACGCCUAGUCCAGAAGCACUUUCCCGCUACAAACCCAAAGAGGAAGCCUAACAACAAGCCAGUGUUCCGGGAUUGCAAAGUAUGUUCUGACAUUAUGAUUAUUUGUUGAUCAAGUAUAGAACAUCCUGCGUGACAUCACGGUUACAAAAUGCUUUCCCACAGCCUUGCUUCUUAAAACCGCGUCAAAGAACACAAACGGAAAUGUUUUAUUUUCCUGACGUUUCCACAGAAUCUUUUGUGGACGAAAGUGUGAUUCUUCAUGAAACCUUUAUACCAUCGUCCUCUACGAAUGAAUCAUCAGAGUAUGAUAGCAUGUCAGAGCCUAACAGUGGAGAGUCUGAUGCCUCAGUACGGGAUAUAUUUGCUGCAGCUCGAGCACUGAAGAAUGUUGUCAACGAAGUUCCAUCUGACAACUUACCAUGGCCACCCACUGCAGAACAUCUCACCCAAGAGGCAGCUGUAAAUGUUGUACCAAUCCCGUUGUAUAACUUUAUAUCUUGGAUUGUCGGUGCUCCAGAUGAACCCAAAACAUCUAGGCACUUCGAAGUACAAGACCCCAUUCUGAAGCAGCGAAUUCUUAACACCUCGCAAGAUAUAAUCUUUGCUUCAUCAGAAGGUAAGCAGCAAAAUCAAAUUUUCAAUAAAAGUGAACAAAGAUCCAUUUUGAAAAAGAUUUAUUGUUAAUUGCCAUCUCAGAAAAAAAGUUGCAAAAUUUUUUUGAGAGGGAAUUAUAACUUACAAACUAACGUAAUUAUCCCUAUUUCAGAAAUAGCCAUUGCUGAGGCAAGAACGUUGCAGUGUUUAACAGGAUCCACAUGAAGGAGGCUGAGCAUACCCAAAGUAUCGAUGCUGGCAAUACCAAUAGUGAACAGGACAAGCCUCCCAGUAAAGUGCCCAGGCUUUGUGCUAAAUAUCAGACUGAGAAAGAGGUCAAAGAACAACAUAAGGAGAGUCUCCAUACUCCCAAUGUAAACAGGUCAAAUAUCAUUUGACAUUUGAGCACAAGGGAUAUUUAUUUUUUAAAGCCAUGCCCUUGAAUAAUGUCUUGUUAUUUGGCAUCAGACAUACUACCAUCUCCAUAGUCCUAGGGCUGGAAGGAGCACUAGCCUUGGCAGCGGCGAAAGUGAGGCUCUUUGCUGGGCUGCUGGUCGUUGAUGUGGAGGGGAUCUGCAUAAGAGGUGAUCGUCAAACACCAAUCCCUUGCUUAUUGAGAUCGGGACUGGAUACAACUGUUGCAGUCUUUCGCUAACUGUCAAGCUUUCUUCUUUACUGAGACAGUGCCCUCUAUCAAUUGUAUGUCAUCAGCUUUUCUCUUUACUUCUUACCGAGUUGAGGGGAUUGGAGGCGCAUAGGAGUCCGACCAACUAAUUUAAUAGGUGUUCUCACAAAACCAUCAUCCCCAGGAGCACAAAUUCUGCUUCAAUCAAAGACCAUCUAAAGUUUUCUCUUCAUAUACAAAUUUGGCUUCCACGCUCUGCAUGGGAAAAAAUAUUAAAAUUACCUUUCCCACACCUUUUUUAUGUUCCCCUCCCUGGCUAUGGGACUCAUGUGUACACAGUAUUGCCAGAAAUAACAAAACAAAGUAUACAUUGGUGUAAAGUAUGAAAAAUAUUUUUUGCCUAAUUGCAUGGACAUACAUGUACGAGUCCCCAUAUACUAUUUCUUCUGCUUUUCAGCAAGCAAUUUUCUCAAAUAUCUGUUUUAUAGGGGAGGCAUAAAAUUAGUGCUGUGCUAUAGUGUACAAUUUAUGCAAAGGUAUGUAACUAUGUACAUGACUACAUGUACAGGUAGAUCUACAUGUACGAUGAAACUUUAUUCUACAUCUGCACAUCCAUCUCCUGUCUUGUUUUGCACAAUUUGAAAUGAUUUUGAAUAGCAUUCAAGUUUAUUAAGCAUACAAAAGUGAUUAAUAUGAGCGAAAUUACUAAAUUUUUAAAGAAUAAAUUGUAGAGUUUUUCUGCUUUGCCUGCAUGUUUUUGCGGCCUCAAUCAAGUAUAACUAUGCUCUACAAAGAGGACUGUACAUUAACACUCAGCGGACCAAGAAGAAAAUGAAGGAAAAGUCCCUUUCCUUGCAUCAUCCCUUUCUACUUUUAAGCUAAUUUUGUCUCGCCUGGAUAGCAGAGGGACCUAUACGCACCUUUUUUCCGAUGGCGACAACUAAAGCAACCCAAGCACAGAUAAAAUCAUCUUUGCUAAUGAAAAAAACUGCAUUAUUCUGCAAACUUCCAAUCAGGGCAAAAGUAAAAAUAUCUAUCUUUAAAAGAGGAGACAAAGAAAUGAAGAAUUUGUACAACAACAUUGUGGAUGAUUUAAUAGAAAAAAGAGAGAAAGCGGACAUCAAACUAAUGUAUUUCUCAUCCCUGACAGAUUUUACACAUCAUGUGAUCAUAUUUUAGCAUUGGUGGAAGAGAAAUGUUCAGUGGAGGACUACCGUAAGUGUAAGGCCUUGAUAGGGAAAUAUCACGCUGAAGCACCAAAUACGGCAAAGA